CGCGCAGUGCUCGGGCCAGAGCUCGAGGCGCUGCUUACCGUCGCCUGAGCCAGGAGACGCCGCGGCCGCCGCUCGGUCGCCUCGGGCUUCGCGUCGCGCCGACUCUGCCUCCUCUGCCCCACCCGAUCGGCAGCACCGGCUCCGCCUGGCCCGCGGCCUCGCUGUCCGUGGCAGGGCAGGUGUUUUCGCUGCGGGGAACCCCUGCUCUACCCUCUGGUAGCUGGCUGCUGGCUCCUGACCCUGAGCUCCUGUUGAAGCUGGGAAGGGGAUGAGAAUAGGGUAGGUGAGCUCCAGAGAAGCCAGCCCUGCCAGAGACCUCCAUUUUUGGUGGAUGGUGCUCUGAGCGACAGUGCGCGUCAGCAUUUGGAUCUAUGGACCUGCUUUGAACCAUAGAGCCUGCCUAUGGGGGAAGCAUUUCAUCUUCUCUAAACGGGGAGAGUAACCAUCUGUCUGGCUCCCACACCCAACUCGAUCCUCUUGACCCUACAGGGCUGCUUUGUUCGGAGGUGACGCCAUCUGGGCCCCAUCCAUCCUUCCUCACAGCACCCUCAGCACCUUAAGCCACCACCCUGAGCUACAUUUUGGAGGAAAGAUGGAAUCUAAGGUCUCAGAAGGUGGCCUGAACGUAACCCUGACCAUCCGCCUACUGAUGCAUGGAAAGGAAGUUGGAAGCAUCAUUGGGAAGAAAGGAGAAACAGUGAAGAAGAUGCGUGAAGAGAGUGGUGCCAGGAUCAACAUCUCGGAGGGAAACUGCCCGGAGAGAAUUGUCACCAUCACAGGCCCGACUGAUGCCAUCUUCAAGGCCUUUGCUAUGAUAGCAUACAAGUUUGAGGAGGACAUCAUUAAUUCCAUGAGCAACAGCCCUGCCACCAGCAAGCCCCCAGUGACAUUGCGACUAGUGGUGCCUGCCAGCCAGUGCGGGUCCUUGAUCGGGAAAGGUGGCUCUAAGAUCAAGGAAAUCCGGGAGUCCACAGGUGCUCAGGUCCAGGUGGCGGGUGACAUGCUGCCCAACUCCACAGAGCGGGCAGUGACUAUCUCAGGGACCCCAGAUGCCAUCAUCCAGUGUGUGAAGCAGAUCUGUGUGGUCAUGCUGGAGUCCCCACCGAAAGGUGCCACCAUUCCCUACCGCCCAAAGCCCGCCUCCACCCCUGUCAUUUUUGCAGGUGGUCAGGUAAGAGCCGACCCGCUCGCGGCCUCCACUGCCAACCUCAGCCUUUUACUGCAGCACCCGCCGCUGCCCGCCUACACAAUCCAGGGACAGUACGCCAUCCCCCACCCAGAUCAGUUGACCAAGCUCCACCAGUUGGCCAUGCAGCAAACCCCCUUUCCUCCCCUCGGACAGACCAACCCCGCUUUCCCCGGAGAAAAGCUGCCUUUACACUCCUCCGAAGAAGCUCAAAAUCUGAUGGGCCAGUCGUCAGGUCUGGAUGCCAGCCCCCCGGCCAGCACUCAUGAGCUCACCAUUCCCAAUGAUCUUAUAGGCUGCAUAAUUGGACGCCAGGGCACCAAAAUCAAUGAAAUCCGACAGAUGUCUGGAGCUCAGAUCAAAAUCGCCAAUGCCACUGAAGGGUCGUCAGAGCGUCAAAUUACCAUCACAGGGACCCCAGCCAACAUCAGCCUUGCCCAAUAUCUCAUCAACGCUAGGCUGACGUCUGAGGUCACCGGGAUGGGUGCACUCUAACCUACCCAAGAUCCUCCAUUCCACACAUCGGAUGGCUCCAGCCUGCAGCCUCACCAGCUGGCACACUGUACAGACUGCCUGUCCUUCCUUGCAGAUAUGAAUAGAGCGUUUUCUGUACAGAUGAUAGUGCGUGUCUGCCCACUCAGGCCCUGUGCGCUCCGUAUUAGUGUAGCCUCCACGCAUUGGCAUGCAGCUCUUUACUUUAUGCCCAGCGUCUUCCCAGAUGUGAUGUUUCAGAGAUUUAUUCCUCAGUAUCCAUGUGACUAUCUGUUUAAAAGUUGGUUUGAUGCUUUCACAGCACUUCCUGUGUCCUGCUGUCCCUUGUUCUCAGAGACCCUCCUCUCUCACUUGUCUGGUGACUCAUUCCCACCCUAGGCUGUACGCAGGGAUCAGAGGUACUUUUCUUGCAACCUUCAGGGAGCAUUUGGAAGAGGAGGGACUUGGGGGGUAUCUAAGGAGCAAGGUGAAGUGCCAGAGGGUGGGGUGGGACCCUUGCUUCACUGGGAUAUCUCGGGGAGGGGGCACUUGUGGCCCCCAUGUGUCUUCCAAGAUGGCUAAGAACAAGGACUUACCAGAAAGUUCAUCUGCACCCAUCAGAGUUCAAUAAAUGUCGUGUUCCUCCCA